GAAACACAGUGAUAGAGCAGUGGAAGAAGGAACUCAAAUCAGCUCGAAACAGCUGCAACAGAUUAUCUGGUUCUGACAUCUUUUGGUAUAAAUAUUCUGCAGUUGUCCUCCAGUUCUUGCAGCCCUCAUCUACUCCAACUACAUCUCAUCAUCAGUUCUAUCUCUUGUGCUUCAAAAUGGCCUCAGUGCAAUCAACCCCAAAGACUGGUUCUGUUUCUGCAUCCACCAAAUCCGACCCCAGCCUCACUGUGGAGGUGAUCACCUACGACACCUACAAAUCAGCCGCUAAAUGUCUUCUCAAUGCCUUUGUCGAUGAUACUUUGGACAAGUAUUUGUUCAACCAUAUCAAAGACCACCGCCAACGCCAUAAAGCAGAAUUGGCUCUAUACGAAGCUUAUCUCUACUCCCAUAUCCUAAGAGGUGGUUUGUGUUUGGGCACCAGAAAGAACAGCACCAGCUCUAGCUCUAGCUCUAGUUCAGAUGCUUCAGAUUCAGAAGUUUCUGAUUUCUCCUGUGUAUCCAUUUGGGCUCCUCCAGAUCUUAUUAUCGAAGAUGGUUAUCUUACUCUAAUUAGAUCCGGCUAUCUAAGAGUUGCCUGGUUAUCUGGUUUUGAAGGCUUUAAAAAAAUCUUUACUCAAUUAUUCAAUGUUUUGUCCAACACAAAAGAUCGGGUAUUAGGCGACGAUAACAAAUAUACUUGGUCUUUAAUUUAUAUUGGCACUGAUGUCGAUUCCAGGGGCAAGGGCUAUGCAAAACAUUUAAUCAACUACAUGUUCAAGCAUUAUAUCGAUAACAACAAUUACUUGACUUACUUGGAAAGUUCUGCUACCUCAAAUAUCCCAAUUUAUAAAAAAUUUGGCUUUGAACAUAUCACCGAUGUCUACGUUUACAAUCACAAUUCAGAUUUAUCUCUUGAAAGAAUAAAUAAUACAAAUUCAAAAGUUAUCAAUGGCAAACUAGGUGUGAACUAUGGUAGACUAGAUAUUAUGGUUAGAGGUUCAAAUAAAGGUAAAACACCUUGGAAAAAGGGUGAAAUAUUCAAAAUCCACAACGAUACUAAUUAAUAUUACUUUCUUUCUUUCUUUCUUUCUUGCUUUUAUUAUACUAUAUUAUAAUUUACCCAUACAUAUAUAUGUGCUCAUUUAUUCAUAUUCCAUUUUAUAUACCUAUCUAUAUUCUUUAUAACAUUUCAAACAAUGAUCAAAAUAAUUAUGAUAUAAUCCUUGGUGUUUGAACCUGUAGAAAUUUAAAAACUCGUUUUCAUUAUACUCAGACUCUAAUUCUGGUAAUC